UAAGGCGUCGCGUACGUCUCGCGUACCCAACCCAUCUCCAAUUAAAAAUAAAAAAACUUAAAAAAAACUCAAAAAUUCGCGAUGAUGGGUUCAUCGCGUGUUUUUAACGAGAGAAGGAAAAAGCGUUUUACUUUUAAAGAGGAACAGAAUAAUAAACAAAUAAAUUCAUACGUAAACAAGGAAAAAUGAAUGCAAAAAAAAGUAUUAAUAAAUCAAUGAAAUAACUAUAAGUUCCAAAAUUAUAUAAAAAAUUCAAGAAAUGUAGUAACUAAGAAUAUCUAUAAAAUCACAAAAGUCUUCCAACUUUUUAGCUCGAUAAAUUAGCAUUUAAAUCACUACUAUUAAAUAUAAAACAAAAUUUAUAAAUUACCAAACUCAACGUCACACGAUAAUCAAUCAAAAAAUAAUCGAUUUUCGAAAAAAACGUUUCCACACCGAUUUUCCCCCUGAAUUUGUUGUCAAGUACGAAAGCUUACACGUUGCACUCACACGAUUAACGUGCAACGUCCAUUAGUGGAUUUCGUGUCCUUCUACCGACAGUUCCUGAACGAGGAGAAUCCUCGAGGUGAGAAAGCAGCGUGUGUUUACUACUCGACUCGCCUCCUCGUUCUACGUUUCGAAUCGUUGACGGACGCACACCGAUUCGAGUCCAUUCCGAGGCAAUCUAAUCGUGAAAAACGACACAUUUUUCAAUGGAAAAAUCCAUUUUUUUCAACGCUCUCUUUAUAAACAAAAAGCUGACACGAGUCAGCAUUUGAAUAUUGUCAAAACAUCUGCAUAUUUUCCACUCAACCGAUCGAGCAUCUCACCGAAGAUUUUUACAACGACUUCCGAACGAAUUUCAAUCCCGAAUUGCAUUAAUUUAAGAAAUCCACGCGUUACGUGACAUAAAAAAUUUCCCAUUUCGUACUCAUGAAUAAUAAUUAAAACAAAAUCGUAUUAAUAAUAAUAAAUAAAUAUUGACGGACAUCGUGCCUAGUUGAACUAGCGUGCCUAAUCCAACGUCUUCCUAAAAUUUUAAUGAAUUUACGACUAAUUAUUAAUAUACCGAUAAGAAUAAUAAUGAUAAAAACGAUAAUGAAUGAAUUUAUGGGAAGAGAAAAUUUGAUAUGACCGGUCAAUUCGUACGGGCAACAGUACGAACGAAGAGAAAGGAAAUAAAAGAGAGAAAAUACGGGUAUAAAAGAAUCAAAGAGGGUUGAGUUUUGUGAGGAAACGAAGAAGAAAGCGACGACGGAAAAACGAGGAUAAAUACGGAAAUCAUUAGUCCCGGCUCGCCGAUUAUCUCUUGAAGCUGUCUCGACGAUUAAAUCCUGGAAAGAGAAGUGUCAUUUUUGCACAAAAGAAGGAGGAACAAAGAGAUAAAAGAUUGAGGAAAGUUUCAGAGUGUGAGCACGAGGAAAGUCGUACAAUUGUUGUUACAACGAGGGAGGAAACGUCAAUCGGAAAUAUUUAAAGGUCUAUUUAAUAAUCGAGAGUUUCCGUUGCAUUGGAAAACCGGAAAUUAGCCGGAAGGGAACACGAGGAAGGAAGAAAAUAAACGGGACGAACGAGGCGGCAAUUUGUAAAUUUUAUUUGCGAAUUGUUUUACCAACACAUUUGGAAAAAUAUUAAAAAAUGGUCAAGAUACUUCGUGACGAAUGACGAUGUCGACGUCUUUGGCGCCAAGACCGGCGCGUGGACGCGGCCCACCUGACGGUCGCGCCUUUUUCGAGAGACUCUGGCGAGGCAAUUUUCUUCUCGACCGUCAAAGAGUUUUCAAACGUUCGCGAAAGCGCAAAUUGCAAACCGGAGCCGGGAAAAAAAUCUCACAGGCUUCGAUCAAGCAACAACAUUGUUGUUGCUGUCAACGCAUACAGUUGCAUUUGCUUGCCGGACGACGAAACAACGUCAGAUCGGUCGUCAGCGUACGUGAAACACACCAAGUUGCGGAGGCACAGCAGGAAAAGAACGCGAAACUGCGCGAGGCUUUCGGCAUAUCGGAAUUUUUCGUUGAGGGUAGCAGCCUGGACCCGGAGAGGCAUGCUCGCGAGGCCGAGGCACGUGCGGCUGCGAGCAAAGUUUACGAACUCGUGCGAACGCCGAGUCCGGUGGCAUUGGCACAUGGAGCGACCGGACAAAGCGUAGAAACUGUCGCUAUCGCCUCGCCUGAGAAAAAGCUCAAGAGAAAACGAUCGGGCAGCAGCACCAAGAAGAAAAAGAAAGAGAAGAAGCACAAGAGAGACAGAUCCGAGUCACCGAAAGUGAGCAAAAAGAAGGAAAAGUCGAAGAAAAAGAAGAAGGAGAAGAAACACAAAAAGGCGGAAGUGAGCUCAUCCGACAGCGAGAGCAGCGAUGACUCCGACGACAGCAGCUCCUCCGAGGCCGAGUCUAAAAAGAAAAGAAAAAAGAAGAAGAAGAAAUCGAAAUCGGAGGGAAAAGACAAGCACGAGAAGAAAAAGGCCCCGGUGAAACGGAAAUAUCAGACGUCCGAAAGCUCCUCCGAUAGUGGUCCUGAUCCGCCAAAGAAGUCUUCAAAACACGAUAAAUCGUUGGAUAAAUCUUCGCGAGAAGCUGUUGAGCCUGUUCAGACGACUCGCGAGAUUCAACGUCAGCAGCAAGUACGUUCACCGAAAUUGUCGUCUCGACGACAUCCGGAAACGAGUACUACACCACCUCGAAGAGGCCGAGAUUCAUCGCCGCACGGGCAACGUGCGACAACGACAGUUAACAAACGGAGCGGCGGAACGAGCGGAGGAGCUUCUGAAAAAACGAAGGACAGAUACUCGUCGCCACCGGGAAGAGAUGAAAAAUCGCCGGUUCAGACUUGGAAACGGAAUCGGUCGUUGUCACGGGGACGAGGAGAAAACCGUACAAACGCCGGACGAAAUUCGCCUCGGAGGUAUUCGCGAUCUCGUCGCGGAGGCAAUUCACCAUCACCGUCAUCGCGACGACGUCGUCCGGCUGUGUCGAGAUCGCCGAGACGUCCGAGCCGAUAUUCACGCUCUCGUAGUCACAGUCGCGGUCGUUACGAUCGUUAUCCACCGCGUCGCAGAGCUUCCCCGUCUCGCCAAUCCUCACAGCGACGUCGACGAUCGAAUUCUCGGAAAAGAUCACGAUCCCCGCGCAGGAGAGACAAUCGAGCUUCGAUACCGUCGAGAAAUCACCGGGCCAAUGACAAAUCAUCGCGAGACAGUAGACGAGCUCCGAGUCGUAGCGGAUCACCGAGUCGCUCGCGCCGUUCGACUCUGAGCUACUCACCGAUACGACGAGAUCCCGAUCGUUAUCGGGACAUUUUACAGGAUGAGCGAAAAAAAUCGUCGGUUUCAUCGUCAAAACGACGCGACGGGGAUAAGGAAGAACACGAGGCGAACGACGAGGACGAACAGACCAAACGCACCAGCCCGAAAUCCCGGAAAUCGAGGUCUCCGUCGAGAACGAAAAAAACUCGAGUCGUGGCGCAGCCACGAGUGAGUCUGAGAUCGUCCAGUGACGAGGAGGAGACCGAGGACAUUGCUGAAAACGAAACGAAGCUUCAACAGCAAGAGGACAAAGACGACGAGGAACGACAACGCGAAAUUAAUACCCUGAAACGUUUGCAGUUCGGUCUUGCUGCGAAAGCUCGAGAAACACUUGGCAAAAAAGUUAUCAGUCCGACUAAGAUCAAAGUUGAGAAAAAGGGCGAUGAGAAAAGCGCUCUUUUAGAUAUUGCAUUGCCUAGCGAACCACCAAAACAUACGGUACAGAGCGUUAUUCCUGCGGUCGAACGGACGAAAUCGCAAUCGGAAUCUCCGGUGAAAUCUCCGCAAUCGAGCCGUUCACCCUCGCCAGCUUUACCUUUGACGCGAGAUGAAGCGCCACUCCGUACGAGCUUCGUAGCGAUUGCAGCUCCAACUCGUCCUUCCUCAUCGAAGUCGCCGACGAGUUGUAAAAAAUCUUCACCUUCGACCGAUCGAUCGGUCACACCGGUCAAAGAAUCUACCGAAUCACCAAAAACCUUGGGAUCGACAGGGGAGGAGCCGACGAGCGUUAAAUUGCGAUCACCCACCGAAUCGCCACCCCCGGCAACUGCGACUUUGGAUCGCACCUCACUUUCCUGGAAAAAUAACCUUGGAAUGAAAAUAGUUACUCGCCGAGGGACGAGAUCACCGCCACCACCACCACCACCACAACUGCCAGCGUCUUCGAGCGACAGCAAAAAGUCACCGGAGAGGAAUAAAUCAUACUCGAGAUCACCUUCGCGUUCUUACACGAGGUCACGUUCCUCGGAGAAGAGAAGGUCAAGAUCGAGGUCUCCGAGACGCGAGAAAACUGAAUCGCAUCUUUCACCCUGUGCGUCCUCGAGAGAAGAAAAGAAAAAAUCUCUCUCGGGCUCGCCCCCGAGAAAAAAUAAGUCUUUGUCCCCGUUGAGCGUACGACACGGAUCCAGAUCGCCCUCGAGAAUGAAACAACACUCCCCCAAGUCGCUUUCUACAAGAUCAAAAAGAUCCAGGGACUCAAGAUCUUCCUCAAUCGGAUCGAAACGCUCGGGCGCCUCGAAAUCUUCCUCGAGAACGAAGAAAAUCAACGAAUCGCUUUCGCGCUCUCCACCCCCUAAAAUUUUGUCUAGAUCGAGAAGUCGCAGCGGAUCUUUGUCCAAGAGAUCGAGGAGUCGCUCCGCCUCAAAGAAAUCCCCGAGUCGAUCCAGAUCAGCGUCAAGAAACUCGCGCGAUAAAUCUAAAAGAAGUCGGACUCGAAGUAGCUCGAGAUCUUCACGGAGCUCGACACGACGCAGUCGACGAAGUUUUUCAAGCUCAUCGCGAUCCUCGAGCAGUGGUUCUAGUCGAUCAUCUCGAUCAUCCUCGAGCUCCUCGGGCUCGAGCAGGUCACGAUCACCUUCGAUACCUCGUCGUCACGGUUCUCCGAGUUUUCUUGACAGGCGUCGAAUCACCAGUGAUUCAUUUACCGCUAGAAAAAGACCAAUACCGUAUCAUCGACCAACACCUUCGCCACCUUCCUCGCCAAGCAGUUCAGCAAGCAGCAGGCACACCGAUUGGUCCAGUCCAAGUCGGCGAUCGAGUCGGUCACCUACUCGAAGUCCUUCCUACACGCGUUAAUUAACAAUUAUAAAAUUACUAACGCGAAAAAAAAUCACGUUUACAUCGUCCAUUCUCGAAACACCGGAAUGUUCGUUCGAACCUGAUCUCGAAUUUUUAACCAUUUUGUUUUUAGUCCAUUCGUCGAAACGAAAGAACAACCGAGUUUUCUUUCGUAUAUUUAUGUUUUUAAUUCGGUGAAACUUUUCCGAGAUUGAGUUUUAUUAACCGAAACGUGAAAAAUUCCUUUAAGAUGAGGGAGUUAGUCAGAUAUGAAAAAAAAAGAAACGAAUUCUAGUCCCAGUGAGACUCAAUUAUACAUUUAGUAUUUAUUUAUAAAAUUUUUUUAUUUUUUAUUUAGAGGCGAAAUGAAUCAAGAUCCGAACGAAAAAGCAUGUCAACUAAAUAUUAUUGCAGAUUUUUUUAAUUCUGAUUCAACGUAUGUGCAUUUUAUUCUCUCAUUUAUGAAAGAAAAACUAGAAUUGAUCAAUUUCGUUUAGAAUAUUUGUCAAAUCGUGCCAUAUUCGUUUGUCGUGUCGAACGCUAGUCAAAUUAUUAGCACGACAAUAAGUUUUUUAAAUAAUUUUAUUAACGUUCACUAGAGAUUUUGCUUCAUCGGUUAGUUUGACACCUUCCCAAAAUAAUUUCUCAGUGCAAUGUUCCCCAAUCCUUAUGAAUGUAAAUAUAGGUAUUAUACAUACAAACGUACGAUGACGAUUAUAUUCGUCAUUUCUUUACUUAAUUGUCGAUUCGUUAUUAUUUUUUUCCAACCUAAUAAAUUGGAAAUAAUUAAUGAAAACCAGAGAGGAGCCUGUUCCCUAGAUAAAAGUGUAAUCCAUUCGAUAUUUAUUGCAAUGUUUAUCGAAUCGCGUGAAUUUUGGUCUUUGAAAGUAAGUAAAAAUCAUAUAACUCUGCGAAAAACGAUUUAUUCAUUUUUCUUUGAGAUUAAUCAAUUUUGCAAUACUCAUGCUCCAUCUAAAAAUGGAUGUUCUAGUCGUCUAUUGAUAUUGAUAUCGACCUGACCUUGAUAUUGUAUAGUUAAUAUUUAUUUAUAUUAUUUAUUAAAAUAUUUUGACUAUAACGACUCUGGAGAGUCGAAAAUUUCGGUAAAGAAACCACGUAAGAGAAAUUUGUUUGUUCGAUCGACUAAUCCCUGUAAUGACUUUCCCAGAUUAUGUCGAAAGAGCUGGAAUAUUCUCAGAAUCUCUUUUUACGAAUAAAAAUGGAAAUACGGAGAGACAAAAAAAUGUCCAGAAUAUCUGGACUGUAAACUUCCUUGAUCUUAUCUAUUCUGAAAAUUACUCCGAGGGUUGUCCUCAGCUUUUUGAAAAUAGCUCGAGGACAGUGUGAUGUUACUUGUCGUUAAACUGAAAGAUCUGGAAUAUAUCUGUAAUAUAAAAACGAAAAAAAAAAAACAAAAAACACUCUGUAUUGUUGUUGUGUGAUUAAAU